AAUCAGAAUCACUUUGGAACCUAACCCUAGCUAUGGGACUUUCAUCACGUGUAGAACUAUUCCGAGUGACUUCAGACUUCUCUUGCUACUGCUACCGACUAGACCACUGCAAUGGCACAACGCGGCUCUAAGAAGAAGGCCGAAGCUGCUGAGGGCGCUGAGGACACACCGGCACCCAAAAAGAAGCCCGGCCCCAAACCGAAACCGAAAGUGAAGCCGUAGACAACGAUCUAGUAGAUAAAGACAGGAAGUAUAUACGCGCAAAAAGUGGGUGGUCAAUUCGAAGGUGAUUCUGCAGUGAUUCUGCAGUGAUUCACGCCGAAUCAGCGAACCGAAUCACACUUGAAUCACACUUGAAUCACACCUGAAUCACUGUUCGAAUCACUUCCGCGUAAAGAGCUUUGACUUCCCCUAUUAUCGGACAUUUGUAUAUGGC